GAGUUCUUAGGGAGAGAGCACAAAUUGUUUGCAAGUGGUUUUAUGUGUAUGAUUAAUUAAUUUAUAUAUAAAUGGUGCAGAGGAGACGUAUCAAGCAAAAAGAAAAGGUGGAGCGAGAAGAAUGAUGAUAUACAUGCCACCUAGCUUUUCUGGCCGUGCUUCCGGUCGCGGUCGUGGUUGGACCAUGUCGACCAAACCAUGAACUACCGAUUACUUCAUUUUAAUUACAGCUACAUAUGUCCGAUUAGUAACUUAAGCAAUAAAAUUGCUCUUAGUGAAUUUAUUUUAUAUAGAAAGUUAAAAUCACUAAGACUUGAUGUUCAAUAGUAACCAACAAAAUACAGAACUUGUUCCUUUCUCCUCUCUCUGGUUGUCUUCUUGUCCGAGAUUUUACUUAAAUGUGCCAUAAGAUGCAUGAACGACAAAGCCGAAGAUGGCUGCUUCCCCUGGAUGCUGAAUAGAAUUGUCUCAUAGCCGAAGAGCUAUCUCCUCACAGGUGGCGCGCCUCCCCUUCCUCCUGUUCCAUGCCCAAGUACCCUGAGCACUGAUGACAUGACCAAUAUUGAAUUAGUUGCUUUAAAUUUCCAAAACAUUUGUUUAUUGACAAGAGAUAUAAAGAAUAUUCUGAUAUAGCUGUUGGAGAAGAAUUAAAUAGAUGCUCCGGGAAUCGAAGACCUCUGCAUGUUCAGUAUUAGAGGCUCCUCCUCUGCAUGUUUAGUAUUUCAAAUUAGAGGUUCCACUUUCUGUAGUAUAAAUAUAUGUAACCCUGUUAUGAAUAAUUAUAAUCUAAGGGAAUUCAUUUUCUUCCAAGUUACUUUCUCUCUUAGUCUCAACUCUCUUUCUCUGUUUCUUGUUAAGGAAUUAUAACUUUCAUUGCACCCAUAGUUGUUAGUGAUCAUGGUAUCCAAGUACGAAGAAAUCUCAGUUCCUGCUGUUAAUGAUCUCAUCUUGGUCUCAGACAAGGUUUACACUGGGAGAGAAGUUCUUGACAUGGUAAAUAAAUGAUCAUAACAAUGGUUUCUCUCAACAUACUUUAAGAUGGAUCAUUGUGUUGAUGGGGUUUGUGUUACUUGCAGGAGAAGUUAAUGGCGAAAUACUUUGCAAUUCAAUUUCUGUUUGCCAACUCCAUACGUGUUCAUGAGGAGGUUUCUCAAAGCUGCACAAUCUGACCAAGAGGUUUUGUAUUAUAACUUCUUUGAUCAUAUCUUGAAUAUAAUUCAUUAUCACGAGUUGUGACACGUGGAAUAUGUAUGUUUCAGAUUGAGCUUCUAUCAUUCUUCAUCAUCAAGCUCAGCUUAGUAGAGUACGAGAUAUGAUGCUUCAUUACGCUCCGUCUCAAAUCGACAAGGUACCAAGGAAUAUAGCUAAUAACAUAACUGUAGUCUCUUUCUUUCUCAUGCCAACAGCCAUUUUUUGUUUUCUGGUACGCAGAGAUCAAUGGUGAUUCAAGAAACGACUCAGAGAGAGAGAGAGAGAGAGAGCUUUGGCUGAAGCGGAAUCUCUGGUUGAGAAAGAACUAGAAGGAGCCAUCAGAGAGAUUGUAGAAGUAGAGUAUGAGUGACCGAGUAACCUAUCGUGAUAUGGGGAUCAUGGAAGAGGUUCUCAAUCAACGCCAAAAACAGGUGUGCUGGGCCAUCAGCCUAACAAGACAGCUAGCAGCACUGCUCAAACUUCGUGGACAACUAAAUAUCAAUGCAAGCCUGUCGAUUCAGUAUUUGAUUAACAAAGUAGGGAGUUCACUUUUUGGAGCACAAAUGCCGAGGCCAUGGAAUGGGUCCGUGAGGUCGUUGGAAACAGCUAUCCCAUUCCUGGUCAAUGGGACAGUAUUGGAGAAUCUUGUUCCUCUGCGACAAUUCGACCUACAGAGUUCAACUCCAGAAAAUCAUGUUCUUGGAGAGCGACGUUACAGAGCUGUACGUAUUGUUGUACACCGUAUCGACGAAUACCGAGGUAUUGUUUAUUCUUGGCCCAGUUAAACCCAACGAGUUUUUCUAAAGACACAUUAAUAUCAGCGGAGCUAAAAGACUUGAAAAAGCCCAUAGUUUUAUAGAUAUUGUUUAUUUUCUGAACUUUAUUUUUUCUAACUGUCAAUUCUAUUUUUUUUUUUAAAGAUAAUUUUUUCUUCUAUUUCCAGAUGAAGCGGCUUUUGAGGCAGAUCUCCUGAGAUGCCUUCACCAAUCACCAGUAGCAGCGGUGAUCAAACUUUACCCCUCUUAUGGACAUAUUACUGGGAAUCAAAUCUACAGGCAACGUACUUCUGAGCGUGAUGAGGCUACCCCACUCAAGCACUCCAUGUUGUACGCAUUUGGAACUCCCUAUUGGGAAUUCCAGGAUUCAUCCGGGAAACCAAAGGGAGGGGUGGCUACGUCAGAAUAAGGAAGGGAGUUGGUUUGAUAACAGAGUUUGUAGAGAUGUUCGUAGUGGAAGAAGAGCCACGAAAGAAGAAGAGAAAGGCGGUAUCUGUUGAUGCUUCACACAAGAGACCAAAGAAGGUUCACAAAAGGCUGUCGCUAGGUCCGGGAAAACAGAGUAAAAGUCAUAAGCUGUCUCAAGGGAGUAGUAAUAGUACUAGCAGGGAAGCUGGAAGCUUUGUCCGACCCAUCUCUCCGAAAUCACUUGUACCUAGUGCUAGUGCCUUUGAGAAUAUGGGAGAAUCAGAUGAUGAUAUUGCAGAGUUGGAUGCUUCCUAUUUGCAAACCAAUGGGUACUUGCCUCCGGAUGCUACUGAAGAGCAGAUAUCUAUGGCUGCUGCAAGCAUGAUUCGUUCACACAGUUUGUCUGAAUUUGAUGCUUUGUGCAUUGUCUACAACAAGUUCCAUUCUGUUUUGUCACCAGAGAUUAUCGAAAAGGAAUCUGAAGUUGGAGGCAAACUCGGUGAACUUGACUCAUGCGAGAUUGAAGCUGGUGAAACAAAGGGAGAGAUUCUGCAGAAUCUGGCUGAGUUCCAGUUCUCUUGUGUAAUGUUCAAUGCGGUGCUGGAGAAUGCGUGUAGUGAGAUGGGAGCUGGAAUGUCUGCAAUGGACAGCUCAAGCAGAAACGCAGGAGAAAUGCUUGACCGUCUUACCCUCGCUUACAACAGAGAGCUUGAAGCUGCUUAAAUAAGCUCGCUUGAAGCCGCUUAAAUAAGCUCGCUUGAAGCCGCUUAAAUAAGCUCAUCAUUGAGCGUGUUUU